AUGAUGAAAGUGUUUCACAGAUUCUCAACACAACAUGAUGACUUGAUACAUGAUGUCAGCUAUGACUUUUAUGGAAAGAGAUUGGCAACAUGCUCAUCAGAUCAAAAGAUAAAGAUAUGGGACUUGAGUCCAGACACUGGAAAGUGGACAAUGUCAGCAGAGUGGAAGUCACAUUCAGGCAGCGUUUGGAAGGUGGCCUGGGCACAUCCCGAGUACGGCCAGGUGAUCGCCUCGUGCUCAUUCGACAGAACAGUGUGCAUUUGGGAGGAGGGCGAGGACGAGCAUCAGACCAAGCGCUGGCAGCUCAAGGCCACGCUGGUCGACUCGCGUGACUCGGUCACCGACAUCAAGUUUGCGCCCAAGGCAUUCGGUCUGCGUCUGGCCACCUGCUCCUCAGACGGCUACAUUCGAAUCUACGAAGCGCUCGACAUUAUGAACCUGUCUCAAUGGCCGCUGCUCGAGGAGUUUGAAUCACAAAAGGGCGCCUCCAACUGUAUCUCAUGGAACCCAAACUCGUUCGACAAGCAGAUGAUUGCGCUGGGCAGCAACGAUCAGUUCAUCAAGAUAUGGGAAUACAACGAAGCCAACAGGAAGUGGGUGCUGAUGGACACAAUGUACAGCACAAUGGCGCCCGCUCAAGCGACGACCGGCGGCACCUCCACCUCACUGGCCAACAGCUUCUCGAUUGGCGGCGCUGGCGGCCCUCUCGCACCCAGCUCGCUAGUGUCCACCUCUAGCAGCUCGAGCAGCGCACUGUCCGACCCCUCGGACACCAACCGCUCAAUCCACGACAUAUGCUGGGCACCCAACAUGGGUCGCACCUACCAUCUGAUCGCCACCGCCUCAAAGGAUCACAACGUGCGCAUAUGGAAGCUGACCAACAAUGAUAAGUUGCGGCUGGAUCUCAAGGAGGUGCUAUGCAACCCAUUCCACCGAUCCGAGGUGUGGCGCGUUGAAUGGAACAUCACCGGCACCAUACUGGCGUCGUCUGGCGACGAUGGUAACGUAGCGCUGUGGAAAUGUAACAUGAAUGGAGAGUGGAAGCACAUGUCAUCCAUCAGUGGCGAGGAAGAUGUCGACGAGAAG